AUGCAGUCAAAUCUACAACCAACAAAAUAUGUUGGCCUGGUGGCCGACUUAAUGCCCAACAUCAAGCUGAUGAAAUACUCUGGCUUGUUUAUGCAUGCAUUCACGGGUGGUUCGCCGCUGCUGAAAAAGGUCUAUUCGUCCAUACAUUUGGUGUUAGUAUUGGCACAAUUCGCUUUCAUACUUGUCAACAUGGCCCUGAAUGCCGACGAAGUAAAUGAGUUGUCCGGUAAUACAAUUACCGCACUAUUCUUUACGCACUCUGUUACGAAAUUUAUUUAUCUGGCUGUGAAUCAAAAGAAUUUUUACAGAACAUUGAACAUUUGGAAUCAGGUUAAUUCACAUCCAUUGUUUGCUGAAUCUGAUGCUCGCUAUCAUUCAAUCGCUUUGGCCAAAAUGAGGAAAUUAUUCUUCUUGGUAAUGCUGACGACAGUAGUAUCAGCCGUGGCAUGGAUAACCAUAACUUUCUUUGGUGAAAGUGUCAAGUUUGCUUUCGACAAGGAGACCAACUCCUCCAUUACGGUGGAGAUACCAAGAUUGCCCAUUAAAUCAUUCUAUCCCUGGGAUGCCAGCCAGGGUAUGUUCUAUAUGAUAUCGUUCGCCUUUCAGGGCUACUACUUGCUUUUCUCCAUGGUACACUCGAACUUGUGUGAUGUCCUGUUCUGCUCAUGGUUGAUAUUUGCCUGCGAACAACUGCAACAUCUGAAGGGCAUUAUGAAACCUUUAAUGGAAUUAUCAGCCUCCUUAGAUACAUAUCGUCCCAAUUCUGCAGCACUCUUUCGUUCGCUGUCUGCCAACUCCAAGUCAGAGUUAAUCAUUAAUGAAGAGAAAGAACCUCCCAGUGACCUGGAUAUGACCGGCAUCUAUAGCACCAAGGCCGAUUGGGGUGCACAAUUCCGCGCGCCCACAACACUGCAAACGUUUAAUGGCGUCAACGGUGGCAAUCCGAAUGGUUUGACAAAGAAACAGGAAAUGAUGGUACGCAGCGCAAUCAAAUAUUGGGUGGAGAGGCAUAAACAUGUUGUCAGAUUAGUUGCUGCCAUCGGUGAUACAUAUGGCGCCGCAUUACUUUUACACAUGUUGACAUCAACCAUUAAGUUGACACUGUUGGCAUAUCAGGCAACCAAAAUAACGGGUGUCAAUGUUUAUGCUUUCACCGUUAUUGGUUAUUUGGGUUAUGCAUUGGCCCAAGUAUUUCACUUUUGUAUUUUUGGCAACCGUUUAAUUGAAGAGAGUUCAUCCGUUAUGGAGGCUGCAUACUCUUGUCACUGGUAUGAUGGUUCUGAAGAGGCCAAAACUUUUGUACAAAUCGUUUGUCAACAAUGCCAGAAAGCAAUGUCCAUUUCGGGUGCAAAAUUCUUUACAGUCUCAUUGGAUUUAUUUGCUUCGGUUCUUGGUGCAGUUGUCACAUACUUCAUGGUGUUGGUGCAGCUCAAGUAA